AAUGAACUUUUGUCAAAGGAAUUGAACACCAAAGACAGAGAUCUGGAAAGAAGCCGGACAGUUGUUGUUGAAUUAAAAUCCAAAUUAAAAGAGCUGUCUGAAGAAAACAAGCAACUCCAUAAAGCAAUGGGAGAAGUCCUACAAGCCAUUAAAGACUCUCAGAAAGAUUCCAGCAUUAAAGGAGGUGAAACAACUCUAAUUAUUCCUACUCUAGAACGACUGGUCCAUGCUUUUGAGAUGAAGAAUACCAGUGGCAUAUUUGAUGCCAGUGUCCAUCUGAAAGCCCAGGUGGAUCAACUCACUGGAAGAAAUGAGGAGUUAAGAGAGGAACUCAAGGGAUCCAGAAGGGAGGCUGCAAAUUCAUCAAACCUGCUGGCAAAAGCAAAUGAAAAGAUUUCACACCUAGAGAAUGAAAUUCUUCUACUGCGCCAAUCCGAAGGAGCGAACAUAGUGUUUAGGGCAAUAAAUCUUCCCGAUGGAAUGUCUCCUUCCAGCACCAACCUCAUCAACUCUCUGAACGAAUACCUCUUGCACUUGUUACAGGACAUAGACUCCAAAGAACAAUCAGUAUUUAAGUUAGAAGAAGCAUUAGAGGAAUACAAGAGGAAAAUUGCUGUGAUACGACAUCAGCAGGGGCUCAUCUAUAAAGAGUGUCAGAGUGAGAGAGAAACAUGGCACAAGGAAGUAGAGAAGCUUAAAGAAGAAAAUUCAAAAUUGGAAAGUCAGAAAGAACAGGAUGCAGUGCAAAUAAAAGAAUAUAUGAAAUUGUUAGAAUCGUUAAAAAUGGGUCCGGAUGAAAUAAAAAAACAGCUGGCUGAAAAUUUCAGAAAGAUGACUGUAUUGCGAGUAAAUGAAAAGUCACUAACCAGGCGAUACACAACUUUAAUGGAAAUGGAACAGCACCUGCGGAAAGAAAAUGACAAACUUAGGAAUGAAAUAUCCGACAUGGAGGCUACAGUAGGGGAAAGAAUAGGGUACCUGCAAAGGUAUAAGGAAAUUGCAGCUUUCAAAAUGGGAGCUUUACAAAAAGCCCUGGAUGACAGUGUACCUUUUUCGGAGUUGGAAACAGCCAAUAAACAGUACAAUGAGCUAACUGCCAAAUAUAGGGAUAUGCUGCAGAAGGAUAAUUUGCUUGUACAGAGGACAGCAAAUCUAGAGCAUCUGGAGCAUGAAAAUACAUCCCUAAAAUCGCAAAUCACUUUCUACAUAAGAGAACUGGAAAUCACUAAAGAGAAACUGAACACGUUUGAGCAAGCCUGGGAACACAUAGGCACACUGGGAGGUAAUUCCACAAUGGACAAAGCUACCAAAGCAAUUACCAAUAAUGAAAUAGUGUCAAUUUCCAAAAAAAUCACAAUGCUGGAAAUUAAAGAGCUAAAUGAAAGACAAAGAGCAGAGCAUUCCCAGAAGAUGUAUGAGCACUUGAGGACUACCUUAAAACAAGUGGAGGAACGUAACUUUGAACUAGAGUCCAAGUUUGCUGAGCUUACUAAAAUUAAUCUUGAGGCACAAAAAGUGGAGCAAGCAUUGAGAGACGAUCUUGCUAACAGUGUGAGUAAAGCAGUGUAUGAAGCAGAUCGGAGGAGAAUACUAGAGCUAGAGAAGAGUGAAACAGAACUCAAGGUGGAGGCCUCCAAAUUACGCAGCCUUUCUGAUAUUGCCAAAGCACAAGUCUCCGCACUGGUUAACCGCCAGCAGUCAAGAGAAAAGGAAGUGGAGUCUUUGCGGAAACAAGUUCUGGAUUACCAGGAUCAGAGUGAUGAGAAAGCACUGGUUGCAAAAUUACAUCAGCAAAUUGUAGCUCUUCAAAUCAGUGAGGCAACUGCCGUUGCAAAGUUGGAAGCAACGACUACCAAAAUGCGUAAAUUAGAAGCCUACAGUUUACGCUUGGAACAGAAGAUUGAUGAUAAAGAGCAGGCAUUAUAUUAUGCCCGUCUAGAAGGCAGGAACAGAGCCAAGCACCUUCGCCACACCGUUCAAACACUGAGGAGGCAGUUCAGUGGUGCACUUCCAUUAGCCCAACAGGAGAAAUUCUCCAAGACAAUGAUGGAGCUGCAGAAUGACAAGAUGAAGAUUGUUGAUGAAAUGCAGCUUGUGCAGCAAGAACGGAGGGAUACCGAGACCCGCGCCUUAGAGCUAGGGCUAAAGCUGAAGGGCUUGGAAGAGCUUAUUGCCACCCUUAAAGAUGCCAGAGGGGCUCAAAAGGUCACAGAAUGGCACAAGAAAAUAGAGGAAGUGCGGCUUCAGGACCUGAAGCUAACUCGCGAGUCAAAUCAGAAGAAAGCAGAAAUAAAAUAUUUGAAUAAUGUCAUCUCCGAGCAAGAGCGAACAAUUACCAAUCUGGAGGAAGAGAUUGUUCAACAAGGCAAAUUUCAUGAGGAACGUCAAAUGGUCUGGGAUCAAAGAGAGGUGGAACUGGAACGUCAGUUGGAUAGGUAUGAGCAGCAACAACACGAAGUUCUCGCCACUGCUCGGAAGUUUGAGGAAGCUACAGGAGAUAUACCUGAUUCCAGCCUACCCCUACCUCAACAGCUUGACAUAGCACUUCGCAAAAUAAAAGAACAUGUGCGCACCAUACUGGAAACUAAAAGUGUAUGCCAAACAUUACAAGAGAAACUUAAAGAAAAAGAAGCUCUCCUCUGGACAGCUGAUCAAAAUGUUUUGAGUCGAGACAAAGUUAUAAAUGAACUGAGACUGCGAAUACCUGCAGUUAUAGACCGAGAGAAGCUGCUAUCGGAGUAUAACCAAAAAGAAGAGGAUUCAGAGAUGCGUCAGGCUUUAAAGGUUGCUCAUCAAACAAUUGAGAAUAUGCAAGCUCGACUUAAUCAAAAAGAAGAGGUUGUUAAGAAAUAUCAACAUCUUUUAGCAAAAGCACGGGAGGAACAGCAAGAGAGUGCAAAAAAGCAUGCAGAGGAUCUUAAAGUGCUACAUCAGAAGCUGGAUGUGCAUUCAGAUGCAUCGCUUAGCAAAUUUAAGGAGGCUGCUCUGGAAUUGAUGAAGAAACCCACCCUGGCAGUCCCAUCCACCGUGCACUUGCUGCGUUUAGCAGACAUGGAGCAGACGGUGGCUGAACAAGACAACUCACUGUCUGCCCUCUCCAGCAAACUGAAAAGUGUUACCUCUGAGCUGGAGCACCAGAAACAGAUCCAUGUGGCCAAAAUGAGUGAACUGGAAAACCAUAAAACCAGGCUUGAAGAGAAUUAUAUUUUAGAGAUCAAAAAACAUAAGAGUGAAGCUGAGGCACUUAGAGCACGGAUGUCUGAGAUGGAAAAGGAAAUUAAUUACCUGAAUACUGAACUUGAAGCCCAAAAGGAGGCAAACACCAGAGCUCCCACUGCAACAAUGAAGAAUCUUGUGGAACGCCUGAAGAACCAAGUAACCCACAAGGAAAAACAGCAGAAGGCUUUAAGUAAAGCUCUUCUGGCUCUUCGGGCAGAAAUGACUACUCAUGCUGAACAGCAGAUUAUUUCCACUGCAGCACAAAAGGAGGACAAUUUAAACAUUCAGCAGAUUGUUGACAGACAGACCAAAGAUUUAAAGGCACGGAUUGAAGAUUUAAAUGAGCAACAACUAAAGCUUAAAGAGGCCCUGAAAACUAGCAAGGCUAGAGAGAAUAACCUCACCGAAGACCUUGAAAACCUAAACCAAGAGUUACGAGCAAAGCAGAAAGCCCUUAAUAAGCUGCAGAAGGAAAAAGAUGAAGUAGAUAAGGAGAAUGAGGAACUGAAAAAAAGGAUGAAACGUUUGAUGAGCAGCGUACAGUCCGAUCUGGACAGUAAACAGAGCAUGAUCGGUGAGCUUCAGAAGAAAAUUAAAAAGCUUGAACUGGAGGUAGAGAAGAAAAGUGAAGAAGCUGAAAGAAAACCUGCACGAGAAGAUAAGAGCUCUAAAGAAGAGAUAAUUAGAUGGGAAGAAGGCAAGAAGUGGCAAACUAAAUUAGAAGCCAUGCGCAGCAAACUACGCGAUAAAGAAAAGGAAUCCGAGUCUCUGACAAAACAGCUGACAACCCUGAAAGAGCUAUAUUCCAAAGCUGACCAGGAAAAGUUAAUACUGCAAAAGAAACUGAAAUCUCGUGGGGUUACUGUGGAUCAAGUAGUUGGGGCCCGAACAGUAGAAUCUGAAAGAGAGAUUGAAGAACUACAAAAAAAGAAUAAUGAUUUAGAAAAUGAGAUCGCUUACAUGAAAACAAAGCAGGCGUUGCCUCGUGAUUCUGUAGUAGAUGAACUGCACUUAAAAAAUCGAUAUCUGCAAGAAAAGCUUCAAGCAGUGGAAAAUCAGCUCUCAAGGGAAAAUGUAUCCAGGCCCUCUACAUCGGGUGUAGGAUCAGAAAAUCAGUCUUCAAGAGAGCUGGACCUUCAGAAAGAGAACCUGAGAUUAUCAGCCGAGAAUGUAGAGCUGCAUUUCCAGCUGGAGCAAGCAAAUAAAGACUCGCCACGUUUAAAGGAUCAAAUUGCUAAUUUAAAAGAAAUGUGUGAAGUUCUCAAAAAGGAUAAAAUAGAAGCUGAGCGUAAACUUGGAAAUGUUCGAGGCUCUGGAAGAAGUGGAAAGACUAUACCAGAGCUGGAGAAGACCAUUGGUCUGAUGAAACGAGUCGUGGAAAGAGUUCAGAGAGAGAAUGAGGACCUAAAGAAAGCCCCAGGUGUUGUGACAAAUGAAAAAUUAUCCAAUCUCGAAGUGGAAAAUGAAAGACUAAAGUCUGAACUUGAAAAGCUGCAGCUGCAUGUGGGUGGACAGCUAAGUAUGAGAUAUGAAGCAAAGACGAAAGGAAUUGAAAAAGUAAUUGCGGAAAAUGAGAGACUUCGUAAGGAACUGAAAACGGAAACGGAAACAUCAGAGAAGCUGCGCAUAGCAAAAAGAAAUUUGGAGGUGAUCAAUGAAAAACUAAGUACAAACCUAGAAGAAAUGAGAAAUACAUUGAGUUUUUCUGAAAGCAGAGGGCCUCAACUUGAAGGAGUCGAUGGGAAGGCCUGGAAGUCGGUUGUUGUAAGCAAGAUGUAUGAAACCAAGAUGAAGGAGAUGGAAAGUGAGCUUUUAAAGAAAAAUGACAGCAUUGUUGAUCUGAAAAGACUUUUGAAAGAAGCAACAAAGCGUGAACAAAAAACUGAACAAACCAUUCAACACCUAAACGAAGAGGUGGAGCUUCUAAAGCAUUUUCCUGAAGAUGCAAAGACAGACCAAGGCCUAACAAGAGAUUUUCAGAUUCUUCGAUUAACCAAUAAACGCUUAGAAGAUGAAAAGGCUCAGCUGAUUCACCAACUGGAAAUGUAUAAACAAAAAUCCGGUACAUCAGGGUCCGAUGUGGUGCUUGAACAAGAAAGAGUACACCAACUGAUGGAAGAAGUAGUGGAUCUGCAAACAUACAUAAAGACUUCAGAUUUAGAGAAACUACACUUGAAGGAAGAGAUCAAAAAGUUGAAGAAGGAACUUGACAAUUUUGACCCUUCCUUUUUUGAAGAGAUUGAAGACCUGAAGUAUAACUACAAUGAAGAGGUUAAAAGGAAUAUACUGCUGGAGGAAAAGCUUAAGGCUCUUUCAGCGCAGUUUGGGGUUCAUGUGGACAUUCCCGCUAAUGUAGAUUGUUGAAGAUAGCAACUGACU